UACAGUAGCACACCCGCAGGACACGGCACUAUCACGAGAGGACCAUAGCACCAGCCACGCGAAACACCCGCAACCGACACCAAGCCAACCGCCACACAAGACGAGCCAAGUGUCCUGCUUGAAUUUACACGAGCUUAUCACUGCUGCAGCUGCGAACCGGGCAGUCCUUCCUUCGUGCUCUCAGCCACGCGCCCUGCAUCAGCAGCACUUAGGUUAUAACGAUGAAGUCCGCCUUCGCGAUGAUCGGUGCCCUUUGCUGCGGCGCUUCCUCCGCCGGAGCCUUCGUUCUUCCCGUGGGUAGGCCCACCGGCAGCAGCAGCAGCAGGCUGGCAGCCAGGAGAACAUUUAACCGGAGAACUCCUGGCGGGGCGUCGAUGAUGAUGUCGUCCGUUGCCGAACCUCCGGCAGCAAGGCCGACCGCUGCGCAGGAGCCAGAGAGAAGGCCAAAAGUCCAGGCGAUCGACUCGAACGACGACUACGUGAGCGCCAUGGCGCAGCACCAGGACAAGCUAGUGGUGAUCAAGUUUUACGACCAGUUCUGCAGGGCCUGCGACGAGAUCCGGCCGCGAUACGAGGACCUCUCCCGGUCGCAGCCGGAAGAGCACGCCGUGUUCUUCGACGUAGAGUUCUCUGGGGCUAAGGACCUCUGCAAGCAGCUCGGCAUCAUGCGGCUACCCACCGUGCAGAUCUACGACGGCACAAACGGCAGGGUGGCCGAUCUCCCGGCGGGACCAAGCCGGUUCACGGAUGUGGAAGAAAAGUUCGCGGCUGUGAUUUCCUCCAAAAAGAGCAGCGGACAAGGCGCGGUCGAGUUUGUGGCGGAGUAAUAGGUUCCGGUUGGAUGUUGAACGAAACGGCGCCCGCCGAGACUGCGGGUUCUGCUUUACUCGCUGGGUGUUUCAGUCCUUGCCCGCGGAGAAAAGUUGUAGGGUAUUCUUCUUUGCCGUCUCUUUGCCGUCAGAAGCGUGAGUUUCUAUUUUUGGUGUGUGCAUUAGAGGCGCCCGCUGAGCGGAUAGGAAAUCAGAUCAGAUUGGUCCGUACGUGUCGAAAGGAAGUGGGGCUGCUGUUCUGUCACCCACGAGCCCGCCGCGCUGACUAGAACGCCGCUCUUGUAAUAGACGUUGUUAAUUUUACUUCUUUA